AUGACCACUAGAAACAGGACGGAAGUAACUGAAUUUGUCUUAUUGGGCCUGUCCAUCUGGCCAGAGAUGCAACCCUUCAUUUUUGGGAUUGUCCUUAUCAUGUACUUGGUGGCAGUUAUGGGCAAUUCCCUGUUAGUAAUCGUUGCCCUCUCAGACCCCAAGCUUCAGACCCCCAUGUAUUUCCUACUCAGUCACCUUUCUUUUAUUGACAUAUUUCUGACAUCCAUCACUGUUCCCCAGAUGCUGGCACACAUGCUGUCUGGGAAUAGAACCAUCUCCUUUAACUGCUGCAUGAUCCAGCUCUUCUUUUUUAUGGCUGUGGGCAGCAUGGAAGGCCACUUGUUGGCCGCAAUGGCCUAUGACCGCUAUGUUGCUAUCUGUGACCCCUUAAGAUACUCAGCCAUCAUCAGCCAUCGCCUCUGUCUUCGAAUAACACUGACCUCAUGGGUGGUCGUCAGCCUCAACAGCCUCCUCUACAGUGUCCUGGUCACCCGCCUAACUUUCUGUGGCAACCAGGUCACCCAUUUCUUUUGUGACAUCACACCCUUGCUGAAGCUCUCCUGCACCCGCCCAGUGGUCAAUGAAAUGCUAAUAUUUACAGAGGGUGUAGCUGUGGUGGUCAGCCCCUUCUUCUUUAUUUUAGGUUCCUACACCCGCAUCGGCAUUGCCAUAGCCCACAUGCACUCAGUUGCUGUCCUGCGCAAAGCCCUGUCCACUUGCAGCUCCCACAUCCUGGUUGUGCUGCUCCUGUAUGGCUCUGUGAUCCGCAUGUAUCUCCGACCCUCCUCCAGCUAUGACCUGGACCAGGAUUGCCAGGUUGCCAUCUUUUACACAGUAGUUACCCCCAUGCUAAACCCACUCAUCUACAGCCUGAGGAACCAGGAGGUGAAAGGUGCUCUGCAAAGGCUUUUCAGGAAAUUCUGUAUCUCAGGAAACUUCCAACUGGGUUCUCAGGCAAAAAGGAAAUGA